UAUUUUUUAAAGUAGUUUUGGUUACCGCGUUAAGUUUAUUUUAAGAACUCUAUUACGAAAAUUUAGGAUAUACACUUAAGUACUUGUAGACAACUUUGGAAACUAGAUAUAAUGAGCGCAAAGCCAAAUACAAGUGCGAAUGCAAGUUCUUCCACUACGACUCUUGAGCGCAUUCAAGGGGACAAAUGUGCAGAAAGUUACGUGAUAGUUUUAAGAGAUAAAGAAAAAGAUGAUGCACAGCGUAAAGUUCAUUGGGCAGAAGACACCGUUGAUAACGAAAACUUAAAUAAAAAGAAAUCCAAAUCUUGCUGCAUCUUCAGUAAGCAAAAGUCCUUUGACCAAAGCGGUAGCGAUUCUGGCAGCGACAGCGAAGAUGAAGUUAAGGAAGUAGAAGAAUUUCUUUAUAAUGCUUAUGAUGGAAAGCCUAAAACCAUCCACAGCCACAACUUUAAAUUAUAAGCGAAAGUUAAUGCGGUCUCCAGCAGAAAGUGACGUUGUAUACCCUUAUCUUUAAUUCUUUUUAUUGAAUUUUUCUUAUUAUGAAAGUGAAUUAAGUACAUCAC